CAAUUAAAAAAUUAAAGAUUGAAAACAUUAUUUAAUUAAUCACAGUCGAACGUGAGUUGCCAUGGAAGAGAUUCUAGUUCCAAUUAAAAGAAAACGUGUUGUUCUAACGCUUGAACAAAAAUUGGAGGUGAUUAAACUAAAGGAUGAAGGAAAGUCAUUCUACGAUAUAGCAUCAAGAUUUAACAUAGGAAUAAGUACAAUUAAGGAUCUUCUUAAGAAACGAAGCCAGAUUAAUGAAGCUGUCCAAAAGAAUAAAGUUUUUGGAUUUUCAAGAAAGACGCUCAGAGAAGGUAGCAGACCGGAUGUUGAAAGUUUGCUAUAUCAAUGGGUUUGUCAACAACUGGAUCAAGAUGAAAUUAUCACCAACAACAUGCUCCUCACUAAAGCAACUGAAAUAACUCGAGAUUUAAAGCAGGAAGAGUGGAAACCAUCGAAUGGUUGGCUUAGUAAAUUCAAGCAGAGAUACAAUCUUACAGCUGUUAAGGAAGAGUUUGUCAGUGCCAACAGUUUUAUAUUUGAAGAAAGCUACAAAGAAGAGUCCGAAGAAGAUAUGACUGAAGAAUUAAAACCGGAGUCAAUUGAAUUAUACAAUUAUGCGAUUGAACCUCCUCAAAUAUCACCACUGGAAGCAGCUGAUCGCUUGCUGGAUUACGUGACAGCACACGACUUUCCAUUAAAAGAGAUAAUUACACUACGAAUGAUACGUGAUAGAAUUAUUGAAAUGCAUGAACCCAAGUUAGAAUAAGUUGUAGCUUUAAAUAAUUUGGUGAUGAGCUUUUUCAGUUCCAAUUACAACCCGAAGU